AUGUAUUUAGUUGGGUGUCGGGACGUACGGGCCUCAUGGAAUGUUUUAUACGAGAGUAUGGAUCUUGAAAACGGGUUGGAUUGUUUGAUUGAAGUUGUGAUAUCGUACCCGCCUACUGCGACCCGUUGGAUGGUUAAUCGAACGGCUAGGAUUUCAAUUUCGAGUCAACGAAACGAGUUUGACCCAUUGUUUUUCAAACCGGUCAACCUUCAAACAGUUCCGAUUAUGUAUCGGGCUCAACGGGAAGAUAUUCUUUCUAGAAGAGGUGUAGAGGGAAUUUUACAACUUCUUACACUUUCGGUUGCAAUCGGUUUUAUUUUAACCGGAUUGUUUUACAUCAAAGAGAAUGCGAAUGCGAUCCCGUUUGUUUCACUCGUGAUGUUAUCGGUCCAAGCGGUUGGAUACGGGAUUCCCUUAGUUAUGGGGGCCGAAGCGCUUCUAGAAAAAACGGAAUCUUACGAAAAGUCUUCGGUUCUUGAAAAAAGUCAAAUGGUUCGGGUCAUCGAUUACACGGUCAAGAUUCUUGUACUGGUUUCAUUCUCGCUAACAUUGCGGCUUUACCAGAAAGUUUGGAGGGCCCGAAUCCAGUUACAGACGCGGGCCCCAAAUGAACCGACCCGUGUGCCGUCUGAUCGAUGGGUUCUUAUAGUUACCGGGCUGGUUCAUGUGCUCGGGUUUGUAUGUGUGCUUGUGGUUCAUAACCUACAACAAUGGCUUGCUGAAUUUGAGGAGUAUGUGGGUUUGGUUCAAGAUUUCUUUUUGCUUCCACAAUUUAGUUAUGAGAGGCUUGUGGAGGUUCUUGAUUUUGGAAAGUUUAGGGUUUUGCCAAGGCGGACGGUGGCGUACGAGCAGUUGCCGCCGGUGGUGGCGGAGGCUGAGAUGACUUCCGGUGGCAAUGGAGAUGUGGGAACGAGGAAGGAGGUUGAGGUGGAAUGA